AGGUAACUGGAAAGGACCAAAACCCUAAACCCUUCUCUCUUAUAAAACCCCUCAGAGCACCUUCACAUUUCUUCAUUUCCUUUCCGAUCAAUCUCCACUUCUGCCAUGGCCGCCUUCCUCCGCUCUCUCCGCCGCCGCGAUGUUGCCUCUGCUUCCUUCUCUGCCUAUCGCUCGUUGACAGGCAGCACUAAACCAGCAUAUGUAGGUCAAAAGUGGUCUAGUUUGUCUCGACCAUUCAGUUCAAGGCCUGCUGGAAAUGAUGUCAUUGGUAUUGAUUUGGGUACAACCAAUUCUUGUGUUUCUGUUAUGGAAGGAAAGAACCCCAAAGUCAUUGAGAAUUCUGAAGGUGCGCGAACAACACCUUCUGUGGUUGCUUUCAACCAGAAAGGGGAGCUGCUUGUAGGUACCCCAGCCAAGCGUCAGGCUGUAACUAACCCAACAAACACUCUGUUUGGUACAAAGCGUUUGAUUGGUAGGCGUUUUGAUGAUCCUCAAACGCAAAAGGAGAUGAAAAUGGUUCCAUACAAAAUUGUCAAAGCUCCAAAUGGAGAUGCGUGGGUUGAAGCUAAUGGGCAGCAGUACUCCCCUAGCCAAGUUGGUGCCUUUGUUCUCACCAAGAUGAAGGAAACUGCUGAAUCCUACCUUGGAAAGUCAGUUUCUAAGGCUGUAAUCACUGUGCCAGCUUACUUCAACGAUGCUCAGAGGCAGGCAACAAAAGAUGCCGGAAGAAUUGCAGGUCUUGAUGUGCAGAGAAUUAUCAAUGAGCCCACAGCUGCUGCCCUUUCGUAUGGGAUGAACAACAAGGAGGGUCUCAUUGCUGUUUUUGAUCUUGGAGGUGGAACAUUUGACGUGUCCAUCUUAGAAAUUUCUAAUGGUGUUUUUGAGGUGAAAGCAACAAACGGUGACACUUUCUUGGGAGGAGAGGAUUUUGACAAUGCUUUGUUGGAUUUUCUGGUAAACGAAUUCAGAAGAACUGAGAGCAUUGACCUUUCAAAGGACAGGCUUGCCUUGCAGAGGCUUCGUGAAGCUGCUGAGAAAGCAAAGAUAGAACUGUCUUCAACAUCUCAAACCGAGAUCAACCUGCCUUUCAUUACUGCUGAUGCUUCUGGUGCUAAGCAUCUGAACAUAACAUUGACUAGAUCUAAGUUUGAGGCUUUAGUAAAUGACUUGAUCGAAAGGACCAAGGCGCCAUGUAAGAGCUGCUUGAAGGAUGCCAACAUAUCUAUCAAGGAUGUUGAUGAGGUACUUCUUGUUGGAGGAAUGACUCGUGUGCCUAAGGUCCAAGAAGUGGUUUCAGCCAUCUUUGGUAAGUCUCCUAGUAAAGGAGUAAACCCUGACGAGGCAGUUGCCAUGGGGGCAGCAAUCCAAGGUGGUAUCCUACGAGGAGAUGUUAAAGAACUACUUCUCCUGGAUGUAACUCCACUCUCUCUGGGUAUUGAGACUUUGGGUGGUAUCUUUACCAGGUUGAUCAACCGAAACACUACUAUUCCUACUAAAAAGAGUCAGGUCUUUUCAACAGCAGCUGACAAUCAAACACAGGUAGGUAUCAAGGUGCUACAGGGUGAGCGAGAAAUGGCUGCAGACAACAAAAUGCUUGGAGAAUUUGAGCUUGUUGGUAUUCCUCCAGCUCCCAGAGGUUUGCCUCAGAUUGAGGUCACGUUUGACAUUGAUGCCAAUGGGAUUGUUACUGUCUCUGCCAAAGACAAGUCCACCGGCAAAGAACAACAAAUCACCAUUCGGUCAUCCGGUGGACUCUCGGAAGAUGAGAUUGAAAAGAUGGUCAAAGAAGCAGAGUUGCAUGCUCAGAAAGACCAAGAGAGAAAGGCUCUCAUAGACAUUAGAAACAGUGCUGAUACUACCAUAUACAGCAUUGAGAAGAGUUUAGGUGAAUACAGAGACAAGAUUCCCAGUGAAGUUGCCAAAGAAAUUGAGGAUGCUGUUUCGGAUUUGAGAAAGGCGAUGUCAGGUGACAAUGUGGAUGAAAUUAAGUCAAAGCUUGAUGCUGCAAACAAAGCUGUAUCCAAGAUUGGGGAACACAUGUCAGGUGGAUCUAGUGGCAGUUCCUCAGCUGGUGGUUCUCAGGGUGGGGAUCAAGCUCCCGAGGCAGAAUAUGAAGAGGUGAAGAAGUGAGAUGAGGAGUGAUUUGUAGCCAGUUGUUCCGAUUUAUGUCUAGAUAACAUGUUAGAGAUGAAUCCUCUUUUUCAUUUAGUAGAGGACAAAAGGUCACUUAUUUUUGUAUCAAAUGUUGAAGUUCAUUUUUUACGAUAAGGCUGUUUCAAUUGGUAGUGCUGAAGCUUAAGCUUAAGUAUGGCCUUGGAAUAACGAUAUUGAAUAUUUUUCCUAAUGAUGUGUUCUUUAUUUAUUAUGCUGGCUUACUCGUAUUUUACACAUCAUUUGAUUGAAGACUUGCAUAGAUGUCUCAGAAUUUUUCGAUGUAGGUUUGUAACGGGCAAGGAUUCUACUGAAGGAAAUAAUAGAAACGCCAUUAGCAUUUUCUUUAACACUUU